AUAUAUAUACGCACAGCGGUGUACAAUGUUUUGUUGCAGGAUAGCGGUGGUGGCAAUGGCGAAACCCUCGUUUAUCAGAGCGGAAGAACCUUUGGUUCCUGAUCUCUCCACCGAGCGAGGCGUUUACGGUGGCGGAGCCCACAUUCGCCGCCGCGACAUCGUAUUUGUCGUCAACCCCCGAGGUGCUAAUGGACGUACCGGGAAAGAAUGGAAGAAGCUGGUACCGUAUCUCAGGUCUCGCCUCGGCGCUGAUUGCAAUAUAUGGGAAUCCUUGACGUCGGGUCCUUCUCAUGCCAUUGACAUAACAAGGGAGGCUAUACGCGAGGGUGCUGAUGCAGUGGUUGCAGUAGGGGGUGAUGGAACUCUUCAUGAGGUUGUUAAUGGCUUCUUCUGGGGAGGAAAACCUGUUUCUAAUAGUGAUACAAAGGCUAUCCAUACAACUGCACUUGGUCUUAUCCCGUUAGGGACUGGAUCUGAUUUUGCAAGAACGUUUCGCUGGAAAAAUGAUCCUCAUGAUGCCAUUGAACGCAUAGCUAGAGGAUUGAGAUCUCGGGUUGAUGUGGGAGUUAUUACUGCAGAAAAUGAAGAGCCUCACUAUUUCAUAAAUGUUGCUGAUAUUCAUUUGAGUGCCAAAGCAGGUUAUUACUCAUCUAGAUACAAAAGAUUUGGAAAUUUAUGCUAUGUCAUUGGUGCUUUGCAAGCGUUUUGGGGGCAUCAUAACCAGGACCUUAGGAUCAAGGUCAAUGAGGGUGAGUGGGAAGUAUAUUCUCAGGUAACAGCUGUUUGCAUUGGAAAUGCAAAAUUCUUUGGUGGUGGAAUGAAGAUUACACCAAAUGCUGAUCCUUCAAGUGGAAAUUUUGAGGUGGUUAUUCUUCAGGACUUCAAAUGGUAUGACUUUAUUCUUAAGCUACAUAAGCUGUAUGAUGGGACACACUUAUCGGUGAGAAAUGUAUAUUCAAAAAGUAUGCACUUCAUUGAGGUUGAGGAGAUUCUUGGCAGUGGCAGCAUUUAUGUUCAGUCAGAUGGGGAGUAUCUAGGGUUCCUUCCAAGGAAGUUUUGCAUUUUACCUGCUGCUAUUGAGAUGAUAUGCUGACAUGAACCUCAAUAAUGUCUAUUACGCAUGAUCUAUUAUGCAUGAAGUGCACUCGUUUUUUGCUAGAACUUGCAACUGACACAUUUGACACACCCGUCCUUCGACUUCCUUCGCGGCUUGGUAUGGAGCUAUAUGACUGUAACCUUAUUGUAGCUGAACAAACGACCAGAGGGAGAGAGCGAGAAAGAAAGAGAGAGAGAGAGAGAGAAGUAUGCUGUUUUCUGUUUGUAAGUUGUAACAGAGUAAAAUUUUGUGGCCGAUCUUGAGUUGUAGCAUGUUAUACUUUGUGGAUGUACCUUUGUCUGUGACUUGGACUUCGGAAACCUUCUGAAAUUGGUAUAUGCCCAGCAGUUGGGAGUAGUUAGGUAGCAUUGAUGCGCAGGGGGUGUCUCUGUGGUCUAUAAAUGCUACCUGGGCUUGAGCAUUCU